ACUUCUCUCAGCUUGCAGUCAACGACAUCGGAAGAUUACAUUCAAAUGGUUCAGUCACUGAUAAAAGAGCACAAGGAAAUAAGGCAAAGACUACAGAAGGCCAAUGAGAUCCUUCAAAACGAUUUUGCUAUCAUUCGAAAAAGGCUACAAGAAGUGAAUGAAAAAUACGCUGAUCAGUGUGCAGCCAAUGAACUUCUGGAAAGAGAUAAUGCGACACUGAAACAAGUUAUAGCAGUUCGAGAAGCACGCAUGGAAAUCCUCGAUGAAGAACUGAAAGACGUUCAAAAAAAGCUCCACAUCGUCAGGACAUCAGAGCUGAUCGAGCUUGAAGAGCUGAAACAAGCCCUCUUGGAAAAGGAUCACAUUUCAAGGACCAUGAUGAAAACAAUACAACGCUUGGAGGAGGAAAAGGAGGAAUUACGCGAGACGCUAUCAACUGUAAAGGAAGAGUACGAUCAACAGAUCGAAGUGAUGCAGAAAGAGAUGUCCGAUAUGGUCGCCAAAAAUUUGGAUCUCGAAAAGACGACGACACAGGACAAAACUAACAUGGCCGACAUCAACACGCAGAAGACCCAGCAGACUGUGAUACAUCAGAACGAUUCCGAAUCGAAACAAACAUCACAGUCUGAAUUGGCUCAUGAAAAGGAUCGCAUACUCACCGAAAGGAAGCUGAACAUCCAAGUCCAGAGCGGGCAAGGAACCAGCGAUACGGUGACAAACGAAUCAAUAAACGCUCCGGAAGCUCCUGUACAUGAAAAAAACAUGACUUCCAAUACCGCUGGCAGCGUGGAAUGCCAGAAACAGAAUGGGCUAUUUAAAUGUUGUUUUUCAUCAGUUAUCAUUGUUUUUAUUGUAUUAGCAUUUCUUGUUUGCUUUGAUGUUUAUAUGCAGAAGAAGGAAGUUGCAAGGACUGCAAGGACAAGCUAUUUUAGUUAAAUUCAACUAAUACAAUAUUUCGAUUUUUUUUAUCAUAUUAGUUUUUACAUUCACCUAUUUUUGUAAAUAUUUCUGCAAGAUCUUCUACAGAAAUAACCAUUAAAUUGAUGACUUGUUGUUAUAUUAGAAGCAUGUAUGAUUAAUGAAAAAGCUGAUGUUCAUUCUAACAUGAAAAUACUAUGAAAAA